AUGGCGCAAGAUCAAGAUAAGCGAAUGAUCCUUCGGCUUCUGCUUGAGGAUUUAGAUGAUCUCGAAAAUAGACAGAAAGGAAAACAAGGCGCAGGAAAGGCAACAGACCUUGAAAUUGCCAUCACAUGCUUGAGGGAGGAUAUUCGGGCUAUGCAAACUUCCAUCGACGACGAGAUAUUGGCGCUUAGCACGAGUAUUGCAAUCGCCACUGACCAGAAGAUACUCACGUCUCUUCUUCGUGAGGAAAGACUUGCUAAUCAGGACCAUCAAUUCGCUCUCGCCCUGAACAAUGGAACCGCUAAUCGCACGAAUGCCUUGGCAAACGAUAUCGUAUCGUCAGAUGACGAUGACGAUGCCGUUUCCAUUGUCAUGGGGGAUCUCAUGGGCCGGAUGUCUGUGAGUGGCAGAUCAUCUAACAACGGGGAAGGCUCAUCAUACAUGCGUUCAUCUCGAGGAACCAACUUCAUGAGUGAAUGUGCAUCCUGCCUUACAAAGGUCGAGUCUAUCGUGUUCAAGGGUGCGUGCGGUCACGAGUUUUGCCUCGACUGCGUAAGACAGAUGUUCCUCGGUGCCAUCAGAGACGAGGAAUUGUACCCGCCUCGUUGCUGCGGCAAUGUCAUACCGCCUGGUGUUGCUUUGAGGAUCCUUAACUACGAGGAGCUUCGAAACUUCAGUGAAAGAGCCCUUGAAUGGACCGCAAAGGAUCGCCUCUAUUGCGCCGAGCCAACAUGUUCGAAAUUCAUUCCCCCAUUCGCUAUCCGAGACGAGCACGGCACCUGCCCCGAAUGUCACCAGCGGACUCAUGUACCAUGCCGUUCCCUCGCCCACCCUCGCGUCGAUUGCCCAAUGGACGAGACUCUUCAUGCUGUAUUGGAAAUAGCGGAUUCUCAAAACUGGAAGCGAUGCUUCAAUUGCCGAACCAUGGUAGAGUUGCACGUUGGCUGCAACCAUAUAACAUGUCGGUAA